AUCCCCGUACCCGUACCGACGUCGUGCUAUGUUCGACACUACCGCCAAAUAGGCAUACUGGAGCAAAAGGAAGGAAGAAGCCAUGAAAGCAUGUCUUCAAGGAACCUAACUCACCUUCCAUGUCCAACUCCGUCAAUCCUCCUCUCAGUCUCUCUUGUCUCCAUUCUCUCCCUCUCUCUCUUCCUUUUCUUCUUCUCUUCAAACCCAACCCCUUCAUCUCCCAAUCUCUCCUCAACAAUCUCCCAAAUCCCCGACCAACCCCUCCUCAAUAUCUACGUUUCAGAUCUCCCUAGAUCCUACAACUACGGCCUUCUUGACAGAUACUGGUCCACCUCCACCGAUUCUAGGCUCGAUGCUGCCGAUGCUGACAGUGAUCUUAGAUCGUCUCUCUCUCGAUCUGAAUCGUCGAAGCUCGACUUCCCACCGUUCCCUGAGAACCCCCUGAUCAAGCAGUACAGUGCCGAGUACUGGCUACUUGGCGAUCUGAUGACGCCCGAGCAUCUGAGGGCCACUGGAUCGGUCGCGAGGCGGGUCUUUGAUUUGGACGAUGCGGAUGUUGUUUUCGUGCCAUUUUUUGGGACGCUGAGCGCGGAGAUGCAGCUGGGGAUGGGGAAGGCGGUGUUUAGGAAGAAGAAGGAGGGAAAUGAGGAUUAUGAGAGGCAGAGGGAGGUGGUGGAUUUUGUUAGAGGGAGUGAAGCUUGGAAACGGUCGGGCGGGCGGGAUCAUGUUUUCGUCUUGACAGACCCAGUUGCGAUGUGGCAUGUGAGAGCUGAGAUUGCACCGGCAAUUCUGCUGGUGGUCGAUUUUGGUGGGUGGUACAGGCUUGACUCAAAAACAUCCGACGGUAACACUUCAGAUAUGAUACAACACACUCAAGUCUCGCUGCUCAAAGAUGUCAUUGUGCCUUACACUCAUCUACUCCCUAGGUUGCACUUAUCUGAAGACCAGGAUAGGAAGACCCUUCUCUACUUCAAAGGGGCUAAACAUAGGCACCGGGGAGGUCUGGUUCGAGAGAAGUUGUGGGAUUUGUUGGUUAAUGAGCCUGGUGUCAUCAUGGAAGAAGGUUUUCCUAAUGCCACUGGUCGCGAGCAGUCAAUCAAAGGGAUGCGGUCAUCGGAAUUCUGCUUGCAUCCAGCUGGGGACACUCCUACUUCGUGCCGACUUUUUGAUGCUGUCAUCAGUCUCUGUAUACCAGUCAUCGUGAGCGACGACAUUGAGCUCCCGUUUGAAGGAACCUUGGACUAUUCGGACUUCUCGGUUUUUGUGUCGACCAAUGAUGCUUUGCAGCCGAAUUGGCUUGCGGGUCACCUUAGAAGCUUUUCUAAAGAGCAGAAGGAUGCAUUUCGCCGGAGUAUGGCCCAGGUUCAACCUGUUUUCGAGUAUGAUAAUGGUCAUCCAGGUGGGAUCGGGCCCAUCUCUCCAGAUGGGGCUGUGAAUCAUAUAUGGAGAAAGGUUCACCAAAAGCUGCCAAUGAUCAAGGAAGCAAUCACUCGGGAGAACCGAAAACCGCAUGGUGUGUCAAUUCCUCUUCGUUGUCACUGUACGUGAUUUAGUUUUUCUGCUCUCCCAUUUUCUUGGUUCUUGUAAUGCAGAAAAAUCAGAGGAUACAAGUAAGGAUUAAUUUGUGAUGCCAAUUCAUGCAAUUUGUUAUGGAUAUCAAGCAAUCUUUUCAGUUUUCCAA